AUGCACGACUUCGACGAUCGUUUUUGUACCCUGAAGGCUGAGCUACUAGAGCUGCAGUUGUGCAAGGACCCGUUGCAUACCAGCCACAACAACUCCGAUUCAUCGGCGCAUCGGACGUCUACUCUCAUCGACCAAAGCGCGCAGCUGAACGAGAUCGAUAAAUUCACAUACCUGAGGGCGUCACUUUCUGGUGAAGCGCUCCAGGAAAUUAACUCGGUCGAGAUUUCUGCUGCAAACUAUGAUGUGGCUUGGAAGGCGUUGCAAGAACGGUACGAGAAUAAAAAGCUGCUUGUGAAAGCGUACUUAGAUGCUCUCUUUUUCAUCGAGCCACUGAAGAAGGUGAGUUACGACGGGCUUAGUCAACUGAUCGGCCAGUUUGAGAAACACUUGCAGAUGUUAGAGAAGAUUGGUGAGUCUACAGAGAACUGGAGCACGAUUCUUGCCUAUAUGGUAUGCACGAGGUUGGAUUCCUCGACACUUCGACAAUGGGAGUCUCAUCAUAAUUCCAAGUAUGUCCCAAAUUAUCGAGAUUUGAUGGGAUUUCUGCGUAGUCAGUGCUCCGUUCUGCAAUCCAUUUCCAUCCCAUCCAAGAUGAACAGCGAUCCACGUUCGCAGAAGGUAGCAGUUUGUCACACGCUUGUGAAGACAUCUGGGAAGUGUCCAUUCUGUGGCGAGUCGUGGCAUUCAGCGUUUCAGUGUGCGAAGUUUCAGAAGCAGUCUGUUCCAGAUCGCAUCAGCGCUGUUAUGAGGAGUAUGCUUUGUCGCAACUGUCUGCGUCCAGGACACGUUGCAAGAACCUGCGAGAGAGGAGCCUGUCAUCACUGUCAUCAGCGUCACCACUCGAUGCUGCAUACUGAAACACCGCAGGCAGGAUCCUCCGUUUCACUUCCGCAGUCAAGACCUCAGACAGUACCCCAGCAGCCACGACAGCCACAACCCAAGCAACACAGUCCGAACCAACAAAUACACACUCAUCCGACCAAUGCACAGACGAACACCGCCAACUCGCAUAACACAACAACAUCACCGUCCAACACCAACACAGCCUCCACUAGCCAAACAUGCAUAGCACUCCCCAACGCACCUACACACAAUAUUGUUCUCUCGACGGCGCUUGUGACCGUUAAGGACCGUCACGGCAAUUCGUUGCUUGCGCGAGCCUUGCUAGAUUCUUGCUCGCAGCAUUGCCUGAUGACGGCAAGUUUUUCAAAUAUGCUUAAGUUCCGUGAAUCGCCAGCAUUUUUGUGCAUUCAGGGCAUUGGUUCGUCGAGUGUAGCGUCAACAAGAUCCGUCAGUGUAGCAGUUGCUGCACGGUCUAGUGAGAUUUCGUCGUAUGCCGAGGAGAUGUGUUUCCAUGUUUUGCCGAAGCUAACAUUGUCGUUACCGACAGCAAGCUUCAAUCCAUCGCAGUUGUGUCUACCAGAAGCAGCAGCUCUUGCCAAUCCCUGGUUUUAUGAAUCCGGUCCGAUUGACAUGAUUAUCGGGGCGGAGUAUUACGUCGACCUGUUUGAAGAGGGUAGAUACAAGGCAACUGAAGACGGGCCUACUCUGCAGAAAACUGUUUUUGGCUGGAUAAUUUCCGGUCGCGUUCCCAGAUUCAGAGAUUCAAGAUUAAUUAGCCAAGUUUUGGGAGUUAGAAACUUGUCGAACAACCAGCACGAAUUCCACGGAAGAGUCGGCGUGCGAGAAAAUCUUCAGCGAGACUACAUUCAGAGAUGA